CUUUUACAAGUUUUAUAACUCGCCGGGUUUCCGUGUCCUGUGACUCCAGUCAGGUGGUUCCCGCCUUCUUUUCCUCCGUGCGUGCUGGGUGUCCGGACAUAUCUUCCCGCCAAAGAAUCGGGAUUGGACAAAGGAAGUUCCUGGAGCCGCGGUAGCCACGUGAGGGAGCGAUCCCAGCUUCCUUCCUUGCUUCUGCCGGGCUGGGUUUUCGCACGAGCGCAGUUCCAGCGCCGGAGAGCGUGGAGGCCGACGAGUCGCGAGGCCGGAAUGGCUGGAGCAGAGAGAGGCGGGGGCGGCGGCAGCUCCAGAGCACCUGAGAGUCGGGAACAUCUCUUUAAGGUUUUAGUCAUCGGGGAGCUGGGCGUCGGCAAAACAAGUAUCAUCAAGCGCUACGUCCACCAGCUGUUCUCCCAGCACUACCGGGCUACCAUCGGGGUGGAUUUCGCUCUCAAAGUCCUCAACUGGGACACCAGGACCCUGGUCAGGUUGCAACUCUGGGACAUCGCAGGUCAAGAACGCUUUGGAAAUAUGACCAGAGUGUACUAUAAAGAAGCUGUAGGAGCUUUUGUAGUCUUUGAUGUCACCAGAGGAUCAACAUUUGAGGCAGUUUCCAAGUGGAAACAUGACUUGGACAAUAAAGUACUGCUCCCCAAUGGUAGCCCAAUCCCUGCCAUUCUACUUGCCAAUAAAUGUGACCAGAAGAAAGACAGUAGCCAAAAUCCUUCUUCUUCUCAGUUGAAUCAGUUCUGCAAAGAGGGAGGCUUUGCUGGAUGGUUUGAAACUUCUGCUAAGGAUAACAUCAACAUUGAUGAGGCUGCUCGGUUCUUGGUGGAAAACAUCCUUGCCAACCUGAAGGCCUUUCCGAAUGAAGAGAAUGACGUUGAUAAAUUAAAACUGGACCUGAAUCCCUUAAAAGCAGAAAGUAAAUCCCAGUGCUGUUAGACACAUGUUGUCUUGCAUCAAUACAUGAUGAGAGCAGAAUGUUCAUCUUCCUCAUGUUGGACAGCUGCUGUGGUGCUUCAUCAAAACUAUCCUUGUGGGGUAUUAAAUUCUUUACAUUCCAAGGUGUUUACAUUUUUUUAAUCAGAUAGGAUUUAAAAGUUACAUGUAUACUAUGUUCUUGUUUGUAAGCUAUUUAGUAUAGUCACAAGCUGGCAUCUCUCCCAAAACAGGUAGUAUUUAUCCUAUGAAAAAUGGCCAAGAUGAAAGACUUAGCUUCAAUUCCUGAUUAACAUAGUGUAGUUUCAGAACUAAAAUAGGAAAGGCAGUGCAGUUGGAAAUACUCAUUUUGGUAAGGAUUAUACUUUUUUUUUUUUAAUAUAUGUAAAAUUCCUUUACCUCCUUGCUCUGAUAUUGCCUGUCUCCUGUUCAACACCUUUUUGGGUGCUUGUCAGCCAGUAGACCCUUUAAUUCUGAGGCAGGACUGAGCAGGGAUUCUUCCUUUAUAAUGUGCCUUAAAGUAUGUAAGAAUCUAAUGCUUGGAAUAUAAGGAUAGUCAGCUAGUGUGAAACAAUUAAGAAUAUAUUUGUGCUAUCCAUCAAAUAAAUGAGUAGCAAUUCAUUUCUGACUGUUUUGGAAGAGGCUUUCUCUAGUACACUUUCAUAUGCUAACUAAUACUAUGUACAAUUAAACUUGAAAAAUAAGUUAUCCCCUACUGUACAAGGACAGCACAGCUUUUUCAAAAAGAUUUCAUGAUGUCUAGGCUGAAAAUGAAUAAUGUGUAAGCUUUAUUUUUAUGAAAUCAGAAAAUUGUCUCUUAAAUCAGAGAUGAUUUAACUUACAAAUAAUCUUUUUAAGAGGCUAUUUUUUUUAGAAGUGAUAUAUUGCCACUUAACUAUUUAACACAGGGAAUUAAGCAUUGAUAAGGGGGCAUACUUUCAUGCACAAGAAUAAUUUGCCAAUGUAGAAUAUACACUUGAAUCCUAAGAAAUGUUCAUUAUCGUUUGUGAUGGUAUCUGAAUGUUUGGAGAAAAGACUUCUAAGAAAUACUUUCACCUAUUGCAUGUUAAUAUUUAAAUCUGUGGGCCUAAUUCUGUUUUCUGUAUAUUACACCAGUCAUAUGUAACCUGUCAGCUGCUGCAAAUUAUAAAGUACUUUUGGACUAACACUCUUCAAACUUAGACUGGGUCAUACAUGUAUUUUUGUGUGUCUGAUGCUGUAUUUAAUGCAAAAUAUAUAAUAAAAAGACUUAGAUUUUUAUAA